CUUGAUCUUGCGUUUUGUUCUUGUUUGUUUCGAACAAGUGGAAGUAAGAAAGAAGGCGUGCGUGAGUAUCUGUGAAUACCACGCUGGUCUGUAACGAUGGCGACCGAGAAGAAGAAGCCGGAGAGCUUCGCCAAACGGCAAGCUCUUCGUGACAUUGAGCUGGAAGUUCAAGAGAGGUGGCGUGAGGACCAAGUGUUCCAGGAGGAUGCCCCUGCUGCGGAUUCCCCAGAUGCCAGCCAGGACAAGUACUUUGCCACGUUCCCUUUUCCGUACAUGAACGGACGUCUUCACUUGGGCCACACGUUUUGCAUCUCUAAGGUAAGAUUUGCUGUCGGCUACCAGCGUCUCAAAGGCAAGAGGUGCCUCUUCCCUUUUGGUUUCCAUUGCACGGGCAUGCCAAUUCCGGCGUGUGCUGACAAGCUCAAGUAUGAGAUGCAGCAGUUUGGCUACCCACCAAACUUCCCAGUUGAUGCUGAAGUUGUGGAACCAGCAGCGAAGGAAGCUACUGCUGAGAAAAAGAUGGCUGACCCGACCAAGUUCACAAAGAAGCCCAAGAGCAAGGUGGCAGCAAAGACCGGCGGUAUUAAAUGGCAGUGGCAGAUCAUGCGUUCCCUUGGACUGCAGGAUGAGGAGAUCAAAGAGUUUGCUGAUCCUCAGCACUGGCUGAAGUAUUUCCCGCCCAAGGCACAGGAAGACCUGAAGUGUAUGGGCGUGAAGGUUGACUGGCGUCGUUCCUUCAUCACCACUGACAUCAACAAGUACUAUGAUUCCUUUGUGCGCUGGCAGUUUAUGCGUCUGAAGGAGCGUGGCAGGUUGGACUUUGGUAUUCGUUACUCCAUCUUCUCGCCUGUGGACGGACAGCCGUGUAUGGAUCAUGACCGUGCAAGUGGUGAGGGUGUAGGGCCACAGGAAUACACUUUGAUCAAGCUUGGCGUGCAGACUCCAUACCCAGAGAAGCUUGCGUUUGCUGGUGACAAGCGUGUGUUCCUUGUUGCCGCCACUCUGCGUGCGGAGACCAUGUACGGCCAGACCAACUGCUGGCUCCAUCCCGACAUUACGUACAUUGCGUUUGAAACAGCCACUGGUGAGAUCUUCGUUAGCACUCGCCGUGCUGCAAGGAACAUGGCCUACCAGAAGCUGACGGCCGAGUUUGGAAAGGUCACCGAGCUGGCCGUUCUCACCGGAAAGGACUUGCUUGGUGUGGCGCUGUCAGCACCACGCUCUACAUACUCCACGGUCUACACCCUACCUAUGCUGACCAUCAAGGAAGACAAAGGUACCGGUGUCGUCACCUCUGUACCGUCAGACUCGCCUGAUGACUUUGCCGCCCUGCGUGACCUCAAGAAGAAGGAGGCUCUUCGCAAGAAGUUUGGCAUCACGGACGAAAUGGUUGCCUUUGAGCCUACUCCCAUCAUCCACAUUCCAGACUUCGGUGACCUGUCUGCAGUCAAGGCCUGUGAGAUGUUCAAGGUCACUAGUCAAAAUGACCGUGACAAGCUGCUGGAAGCCAAGGAGAAGACGUACCUCAAGGGAUUCUAUGAGGGUGUGAUGCUGGUAGGUGAGUGCAAGGGAGAGAAGGUGCAGGAUGCCAAGAAAAUCCUGCAAAAGUCUAUGGUUGAUGAGGGUCAAGCUAUCAUCUAUUACGAGCCAGAGAAGCGCGUUGUAUCACGCUCCGGUGACACUUGCGUUGUUGCCAAAACUGAUCAAUGGGUGCUGCAGUACGGCGAUGAGCAGUGGAAGAAGGAGGCUGGAGAUGUUCUGGCACAGAUGGAAACGUAUCAUGACGAGACACGGCACAACUUCGUGAAGACCCUGGACUGGCUCCAUGAUCACGCCUGCGCUAGGAUCUACGGCUUGGGCACUCGCCUGCCAUGGGAUGACAGCUGGUUGAUUGAGUCCCUGUCGGACAGUACUAUCUACAUGGCCUAUUACACGGUGGUGCACUUCCUGCAGAGCGCAGUCGAUGGCUCUCAGCCAGGCACUGGUGACAUCAAGCCGGAGCAGAUGACACCGGCCGUGUGGGACUAUAUCUUCUUGAAGGACAAGGAGAUUCCCAGUGACUGCACCAUCCCGGCUACAAUCCUCCAGAAAAUGCGCAAUGAGUUCCAGUACUGGUACCCACUGGACUUGCGCGUCUCUGGCAAGGACCUCGUGCCCAAUCAUCUCACCUACUUCAUGUACAACCACGUAGCCAUGUGGCCGGAAGAGAAGAACAGGUGGCCCCAGGGAGUGCGUGCCAAUGGACACUUGAUGUUGAACUCUGAAAAGAUGUCCAAGUCUACUGGCAACUUCCUCACUCUGCAUCAGGCAGUGCAGCAGUUCUCAGCUGAUGGCAUGCGGUUCGGUCUUGCUGAUGCUGGUGACAGCGUGGAGGAUGCUAACUUUGCCGAGGAGACUGCCAACUCCGGUAUCCUGCGCCUGCACACGCAGGUUGAAUGGACAAAGGAAGUGUUGGCUGGUAUUGACUCGCUCCGCACCGGGCCCAAGACUCUCUUCAUGGAUCAAGUGUUUGAGACAGCCAUCAACAACUGCAUUCAGCUGGCUGACGAGAGCUUUAGCAAGAUGCUCUUCAGAGAUGCCCUCAAGUUUGGCUUCUUUGAGCUGCAGUCUGCACGUGACCAGUACCGUGACAUGGCGGCUUCCGGCACUGACGGUAUGCAUCGCGACCUGGUGCUUCGCUUCAUUGAGGUUCAGGCCCUGUUGCUGGCGCCGUUCUGUCCUCAUAUCUGCGAGCACAUCUGGACUCUGCUUGGCAAGGAGAAGAGCAUCAUGCAUGCCCGCUGGCCAGAGGCAGGCACAGUCGACAGCUUGAAGCUAGCUGAGUCACAGUACCUGGGUGACGCGCGCCACGACUUCCACACACGCAUCGAGGGCGUCAUCUCUGCCAAGAACAAGGGCAAGGGAAAGGCAGCGACUCCCACUAUUGCGGGUAUGAAGUACUGCGUCAAUGCCAGCAUCUACGUAUCCAAGGAGUACCUGCCCUGGCAGCAAGGUGUUUUGACCAGUAUGAAGCAAGCGUAUGAAGAGGGCAAUGGUGUGUUCCCCGACAACAAGGCCAUGCUUGGCAAGCUGAGUCACAUUCCCAACAUCAAGAAGUACAUGAAGAAAGUCAUGCCCUUUGUGCAGUACAUGAAGGAACAAACUUCAAAGCAUGGCGUCUCGGCCCUUAACUUGUCAACAUCAUUCGAUGAAGUUCCCCUGCUCCAGCAGAACAUUGCGUACUUGAAGAAGACACUCGAGCUUGAAGAGAUUCAGAUCUUUGACAGCAGCAAUGCCGACAGCAAGAUUCAGGAUCAGUGCUACCCUGGCCAGCCUUUCGGUAGUUUCAAGAUUGAGGAGAAGCCACACGUCAUUGCCAGCAUGUCUAACCAGCAGGUAGGGCGGCCACACUUUGCAGUUCGCUUCCCGAUCUUCAAUGGUGAUACAGUAAUGUCGGUGGCUCGACGCCUAGUCAAGCAAGACGGCUUCAUGGACAAUGCCAGUCAGAUCUCGUUCUGGCGCUACAACGACUUAGUCAUGGGCAUGCGUGUCAUCCCGUCAGUCAACGAACCUCACUCUGGCCAAACGCAGCUGCCUGGCAAGGGAGUGUUCUCCCUCAACGCUGACAAGACCGGUCUGCUUGUCCAGGAGAUGCUCGCCGACGGCCUGCUUGGAGAGGCUGUCCUGGUCGGAGAUCACAUGACGUAUGAUGUCUGAUUGCAGCAUGCUGGUAGCAGCACUGUUGAAACGUGUUCUUGACUGGUGAACGGCUCCAUUAAACGUUCGUAUGCAGCUCCUACGGAAUGGGUUGACUAUUCAUCAGAGGCCCGCUCGCUCGAGUCUUCUCUGCGAUAUGCUCUCAUGCUUGAACGCUACCGGAAGAUUAGCUGCCUGUGCUCUGUAAACUUUCCUCGUGAACGUAACUGGUGAUAAUUUCUUGGCUGAAGAAUACUCUGGCUUAGCGUGCAUAGCGGGCUCAAACAUGGCCACAACCAUGGCUUUUGGUACAGUGCAGAAGACGAAGGCAUGGCCACUUCCAAAACAUCCUCCGUCUCUAGUUUGCUAGUGUUUCCUGUGUUUCAUCUUGCUCUCCGAAAUUGGAGGCGGGUUUGUCCGAACGGAUUUCCAGCCCCGCCAUUUAUGUACAAAGUCAGCUGUGUAUUUAUUACAGGCGAGCAUGAUAAUGUAUUUAUUGUCCAUCCUGCUUCCAUGCAUCUACUGCUGUCAUGACCAAGCUUUUUGUCGAGAGUACCAUAGCUCACCAUGCCUUAUGCUGUGACAUUGCCGCCGCGGUUUUCCGCCAUAUCAUCAUUGAAGGUCACCUUUGCAAGUGUUCCCAAUUUUUUCCUUCGUAUUUUUAUUAUCCUUUUGAUAACUGCUACCUCCUGGUCUGUCACUUUCUUUGGCAGUAGUGUGUGGGGCCAAUCUUUUGCUCUUCUCUUCACCAUGCGAACAAAGCCAAAGUUUGCAGUAGCGUGGGUACAUCCUGCGCUAGUGCUUCUAAUGUGUAAAAUACCA